AAGACCUGCAAGGACGUGGAGGAGCUGCUGAGGCAGAGGGCCCAGGCAGAGGAACGGUAUGGGAAGGACCUGGUGCAGAUCGCCCGGAAGGCAGGCGGCCAGACAGAGAUCAAGGACAACGGGGAGGAGAACCAGGCACUGCCGCUGUUCAGUGGCCUCACAGUUCAGUGCUGUGACAGACACUCAAGGUAUCAACCCAAGAUGACAAUAGGAACAAGUGCUCCGAAGGGACAGAAGAGGAAGCCAGGCAAAGAUGCUGCACAUAGGGAAUUAGCACGUGCAAAGGCCCUGCGCAAGAAGGAACAUGGCGUAUAGAAGGAACUGCUCCCUGAGGGCCUCCUUUGACUCUCUGAAGCAGCAAAUGGAGAACGUGGGCAGCGCCCACAUCCAGCUGGCCCUGGCCCUGCGUGAGGAGUUGCGGAGCCUGGAGGAGUUUCGUGAGAGGCAGAAGGAGCAGAGGAGGAAGUAUGAGGCCAUCAUGGACCGUGUCCAGAAGAGCAAGCUGCUGCUCCACAAGAAGGCCAUGGAGUCCAAGAAGACAUAUGAGCAGAAGUGCCGAGAUGCAGACGACGCCGAGCAGGCCUUCGAGCGCAUUAGCACCAAUGGUCAACAGAAGCAGGUGGAGAAGAGCCAGAACAAAGCCAAGCAGUGCAAGGACUCAGCCAUGGAGGCAGAGCGCGUGUAUAGGCAGAACAUCGAGCAGCUGGAGAAGGUGCGGGGCGAGUGGGAGCAGGAGCACCGGACCACCUGUGAGGCCUUUCAGCUGCAAGAGUUUGACCGGCUGACCAUCCUCCGCAAUGCUCUGUGGGUGCACUGCAACCAGCUCUCUAUGCAGUGCGUCAAGGAUGAUGAGCUCUACGAAGAGGUGCGAGUGACGCUAGAAGGCUGCAGUGUGGAUGCCGACAUAGACAGCUUCAUCCAGGCCAAGAGCACGGGCACUGAGCCCCCAGCUCCGGUGCCCUACCAGAACUACUAUGAUCGGGAGGUUGCCCCGUUGUCCAGCAGCCCUGGUGUUCAGCCGUCCUGUGGCAUGAUAAAGAGGUUCUCUGGGCUGCUGCAUGGAAGUCCCAAAACAACAUCGUCAGCAGCUUCUGCAGCCUCCACAGAGACCCUGACUCCCACCUCUGAUCGGAAUGAGGGUGUCUAUGCCGCCAUCGCUGUGCAGGAGGCGCCAGGACCCCACACCCUGCCAGCCCAGGAUUACAGGGCGCUCUAUGACUACACAGCCCAGAAUUCCGACGAGCUGAACAUCUCUGCGGGGGACAUCCUGGAGGUCAUCCAGGAAGGGGAGGAUGGCUGGUGGACAGUGCAACGGAACGGGCAGCGUGGCUUUGUCCCUGGCUCCUACCUGGAGAAGCUUUAAGGAAGGGGCAGUAGCCCCCGCCUGGACCUGUCCUGUCCACGGGGCCAGCAGUGCCCCCACCACUGCCCUGGCCUCGCAGGGGCCUCAAGACAGAGCCUACCCUCAGGAAAGGUACCGGCUGCUCCCGAGCAGUCCUUCCCACAGGGAAUAAAGGAGCGCUCUUUUUCCUCCUUGCA